UCAAAGAUUUUUGCCCAGCAUCGAAUUAGUGUUCGUGAGUGUGUAUCGAUGAGUACCACAGGGUGUUGUGCAGCAUGAUCGUCUCCGGGACACUACUUGUAGUCGUAUUUUCCUACUUCGUAAUCGCGGAAGCCGCAAAUCAGGAUCUCGAUGACGAUGGUGGGAUAGAAUUCGACGAAAUCGAUAGUAUGAACCUGACCGUAGACCCCUGCGACGACUUUUACGAAUUCGCUUGCGGCAAUUUCUCGAACCUGCACGAAAUCCCAGAGAACCAACUGAACGUCGAUCAAUUCAGCUUGCUCCAGGACAGUCUCACCAAACUAGCUAGCGCUAUUUUGAGUAUGGAAGACGAAUCGGACGAUCCGGACGCGCUGAGGAAGGCCAGAACAGCGUACAAAACCUGCAUGGAUGAACGAUUAAUGGACUCGGAUUCGCUGCUCUCGCCCGAAGUGCAGAUAGUCAACGAAUAUGGAGGGUUUCCAUUGGUCGGGUACGGAAGCGAGCCUGCGGACUCCUUCGGCUGGUAUCAGAUCGCUGACCUGGCAGCAGAUUAUGGGAUACCUUUGCUAUUCAGCGUCACGACCACUAACGACGCAGUGAAUGCAUCGAAUAAUGUUCUGAGGAUCGACAACGACAAGAUGGAUCUUCCUAGCCAAAUCCGAUCGAACGUUGAAACGUACGACGACAUCAUAUCCAGGGGAUUUUUCGAGCUGUCCAAACGAAGUCGCAAUACAGACGCUACUCUGAGCCCGUUUGAGCUCUUCUUGCGGAGAGUGGCCCUGAAACUUAACAAAGUUUUCGGUAGGGCGGCCAGCGACGCCAGCAUUUUUGAGAAGGUCGCCAACAUCAGCAAUUUUUUGGUGGGGAUAUAUUACCCGGAGCAAAUUCCCAGAGACGUCGAAAUCGAACCGCUAGAUCAAGACUCUAACCCGAUAACCCUGGAAAAGUUGAACGCUUGGACCCAAAGGCAUUUUGGCGACAGUGUUCAGCUAGACUGGGUCGAAUACGUGCGCAGGUUGUUCAAAUACACCAACGUAGAAAUCACCAAGGACACCGAAGUAAUGAUUUACACCAACACCAACGUCACCCUGUACGGCGUCCUCCAGUGGGUGAAAAUGAACGACCCGGAAAUAGUCAAGAGUGCCGCUUUACUGAGGGUGUUCGUUUACAUGGCCGCGGAUAGCGACCAAGAGACCCGGGCGGACUUCGAGAACUACCUGCGGACCAUCUCCAAGACGGUAUACCCUAGGUGGGAGUACUGUACCAGAAAAAUCGCCGAUUACGACAGCGGCACCGUAUCGCUCAGUUUAGCGCUGACCUACGAGUACCAGUUACGUUAUUUUAACGUUAACAAACUGCAACUGGCGCUGCAAAUGAUAAGAGACAUUCAGAAAUCGUUCAACGAAGUGAUCAACGACGCUGACUGGAUGGACGAGACUUCCAAAUCGGCGGCGAUAGAAAAGGCCGGCAACAUAGUGACCCUUUUGGGCUACCCCGACUUCCUCAUGAACAAAACGGCCGUAGACAGCUUCUACCAGAACUUGAAAAUAUGCUCGUGGGACAAUUACGGCAACUCCAAGAGGUUGAGGGCUUUCAAGUACGCCUACCAACUGAACCUGUUCAGCCAGCGCAGUCGAACGUCAUGGGAAAAAUCUCCAUUCGAUGUGAACGCCUACUACAACAGGGCCAACAAUAGAAUAAUUUUCCCGGUUGCCGUGCUGAAUCCAGUUUUUUUCGGUGGAUCAGUGAGUCUCCUGGACUACAGCAGAAUCGGCUCUAUUAUAGGACACGAGAUAACCCACGGAUUCGACCAGCAGGGCAUGAUGUUCGACAAAAACGGAAACCUGAACAUCUGGGCGACCACGGAGACGAUGACCAAUUUUGCCCAACAAUCGCAAUGCUUCCAGAACCAGUACUCGGAAUAUCCGAUUCCGGAAAUAGGAAGCACCGUCAAUGGUGUCACGACUCUUAACGAAAAUAUAGCUGAUAACGGCGGCACGAGGACCUCGUACAAAGCUCUGAAGAAGAUGAUCGAGCGCACCACCCAAAAUGGCGAACUGGUGCCCCGCACGGACAAGUUCACUUGGGAGCAACUCUUUUUUAUAGGCUACGGCACUAUGUGGUGCAACAGAGAAAGUACGGCUUAUCUCACUGCCGCGCAGACUUGUACGAGCAACUGUCACGCGCGCUCAAAAUGGAGAGUCAAUGGGGUAGUUUCCAACAUGGAAGAGUUCGCGUCAGCGUUUAACUGUCUGGUAGGAAGCAAGAUGAACCCCGAAAACAAGUGCAAGUUGUGGUGACAAGUAGACGUUUGUUGGUGUCAGAGUAUCUAAUAAAAUAUUUAUAUUUAUUACCGAA